UGACUCUGAGCUCUGCUGCGGUGAGCUUUGAGCUAGCGACUCUCUGAGCUCUCUGGCUGUAUGUGUGUGUGUGAGUGAGUGUGUGUGUGUGUGUGUGUCUGUAGGCUGCUGUGGUGCAGACUAUAGCCUAGCCACGUUAGCCUCCCUCCACCACUUCCACAGCUCAGUCAGCCGGCAGCUCCAGUGUGCUCCAGCAACGGUGAGGCUCUACAGCCUUUUUAAGUGUGUCCGUCUGUGGCUGAGGAUUUCCUGCCCCUGCAAGGAUACCCUCUGCCUUUCUGGCAAAGCCGAGAGAGAGAGAAGAGAAAGAGAGGGACAGAGAGUGAGAGGAAGACAGGAGGAGGAAGAGCGACAGCAGGCCGGCAGUGACCUUCGAGGUGUGGUGGCAAAGCAGAGGAGGAGGAACCGGGGACGGACGUAAGAUCCAUCAGGUGCAUUUCCUUCUUUGAGGAGCAGUGAUAUGGACUCCAGGUGUGGUGACACCCAGCUCUCUGUGGGUGUGUGUGGGAUGUUGUGUCAGGGCUAAAGCCCAUCCCUCUCCCAUGAGCCCGUGUGCCCACACACACACCUGGCGCCUCCACGCACACACCCGGCGCCCACACACGCACAGCCGGCACUGACGCUGUGAACUGGACCCUCGGAGCCCAGCGGAUCCCAGCGGAGCCAAGCGGAGCGGCGUCUAGGAGCCUGAGGAUGUCAACAGAGACAGAGCUACAGCCAGCGGUCAGGCCCAGCAGCGUCAGACGGGACUCCAAGAGGAAAGGGCAGGAUCGCAGCGAGGCAGCUCUCAUCAGGCGUUUUAAGGGCGAUGGCGUCCGCUACAAGGCCAAGCUCAUCGGCCUGGACGAGGUCACUGCCGCCCGGGGAGACAAACUCUGCCAGGACUCCAUGAUGAAGCUCAAGGGUAUAGCUGCAGCAGCACGGUCUAAAGGAGAACACAAACAGAAGGUGUUUCUGACUGUCUCCUUUGGAGGGAUCAAGAUCUUUGAUGAGAAGUCAGGGGUCCUCCAGCAUCACCAUGCGGUCCACGAGAUCUCCUACAUCGCCAAGGACAUCACGGACCACCGCGCCUUCGGCUACGUCUGCGGGAAGGAGGGGAACCACCGCUUUGUGGCUAUCAAGACGGCACAGUCGGCCGAGCCCGUGAUCCUGGACCUGCGGGACCUGUUCCAGCUCAUCUAUGAGAUCAAGCAGAGGGAGGAGAUGGAGAAGAAGGCCCAGAAAGACAAGCAGUGUGAGCAGGCUGUCUACCAGACAAUACUGGAGGAGGAUCUGGAGGACCCGGUCUACCAGUACAUUGUGUUUGAGGCGGGACACGAGCCCAUCCGCGACCAAUCAGAAGAGAGCAUUUAUCAGGUUCCCACCAGUCAGCAGAAGGAAGGGGUCUAUGACGUCCCAAAGCGACACCCAAACGGACAUCAAAACACCCCCCACCACCAUCAUCAGCAUCAGCAUCAUCAUUAUCAUGAUCAGCCUCUUCAACACGAGCAGCAGCAGGAGCAGCAGGCUGUGGCAGAUCUGAUAGACUUAGACCUGGGAAUGGUGACUCAGAAUAUCAACCAGUUAGAGAUUUUCGGAGACAUGUCCACACCCCCUGACAUCACCUCCCCAUCGACUCCCGCCUCUCCAGCCAACACCCUCGACCCCUCGCAGGGCCUGCAGCCUCCCACAGAACUGUUUGCUCCCUUCAAUCCUGCGUCUGUGCCCUCAGGUUAUGUGACAAUGGGGGCGGUCCCCCCCGGCCACUGGUCCCAGCAGGCGUUUGCUGCCCAGACGCCGCUGGCCUUCGGGGUCCAGUCUCCAUUAGGCCCCGUGGCCCAGGUGCUGCCUGGCGGCCAGCCUCUCAUUUGGGGCCAGGCCAACAUCUUCCCUGCCACCCAGCAGCAGUGGGCGGCCAUGGCGGCCGGAGCCUUCCCCCCCACAGCCUACCUCCCUGCCCAGCCUGUGGGCACCCUGCCUGCUGCCAUGUUCCAGACUCUCACUCCCGUCACGACUGUGACUCCGGCCGGCGAGAGCCAUUCAGGUGCUGGAGCCGGCGCUUCAGCUCCCUCCCCCUCGGUGUCGUCGAGUCCGCAGCACGGGGAGAGGGGGAAGAAGAUUGGCAAGGAGCUGUUCAAGGAUUUUCAGCUGGCGAAGCCUCCGGCCAUGCCGUCAAAGAAGGCUGACCAGCCCAGCUUAGCAGGAACCUCAGAGGCAUUCAGCACUUACUUCAGCCGUGUGGGCACCGCCCAGGACACGGACGACUGUGACGACUUUGACAUUUCUCAAAUGAACCUGACACCGGUCACCUCCACGACACCGUCCACCAACUCACCACCCACCCCGGCUCCCAGGCAGAGCUCCCCCUCCAAGUCCUCAGCCUCCCACGUCAGUGACCCCCCCACCGACGCCACAGACCCGCCCACGGACGACUCGUUCGGGGAAGCGGAGGGCAGCCCUAGUCGCAGUGGAGAGGAGGACGCUGCGUGUGGUUCUGGGUCGCCCUGCCCCAGUGAGACAGCAGAGCCCAGCCCAGACCAGGCCAGUCCAGAGACUGGGAGCUAGAUAGCAGAAGGGCAGGAUGGGGAAGGACCCUCUCUACGCCCAGAUCAACAAAGGGAAGAAAUAAAGAGACACACAGGAAGACAGACCUGACUGGCACUGAGAGAACAGGAGGAGAACCCUCACCUCUGUGUGUGUGUGUGUGUGUGUGUGUGUGUGUGUGUGUGUGUGUGUGUGUGUGUGUUUGUGUGUGUGUGAGUGUGAGAGAGAGUGUGUGGGUGAGUGUGUGUGUGAGUGAGUGUGUGUGUGUGUGUGAGUGUGAGAGAGAGUGUGUGUGUGUGAGUGUGAGAGAGAGUGUGUGUGUGAGUGUGAGUGUGUGUGUGAGUGUGAGUGUGAGUGUGUGUGUGUGAGUGUGUGUGUGAGUGUGAGAGAGAGUGUGUGUGUGCACAAUGUCUGGCACAUCUCCCUGCCCAGCCAAGCCCUACUUCUUCUUCUCCUCCGGCUAACAACCUCCCAGGAGGAGCCUCCACACUCCCUCUGUCCUCCUCCUCCUGUGCUCCUCCUCCUCCUCCUCUUCUUCCUCCUCCUCCUCCUCCUCUCUGCAGUCUGCUCUCCUCCUGAGAGGAGAGAGCCCUCUCGGUCAUUCACUCCUGGCAGGAGGGAUAUCAAUCACUGAGAUGGAUCCAGUUCUCCCUGCACUGCGCUGUCUCCUCCUCUCCUCUCUCCUCCCUGUGGCGACUCACACCCAGCCUUACAGACAUCACCUGAUCCUCCCCCCCCCCUCCCCCCCACCCUCCUCUUCCUCUCUAUCUUCGCUCUCACACUCCUCCCUCUGCCUCCUGUGUCUGGCCAGAGUCUGUGCUGCCAAGGAGGGACUGAAUCAAGCAGUGCCUCUCUAUCUCCGACACACACACACACACACACACACACACACACACACUCACGCUCAUUGGGAUUAGAGUGAUCAUCGUUAACUGUUAACGGACAGAAUCUGCAUCUGUAGCGAGGAGAUCCCACAGGAGGAGCUAGACUCUAACGGGCCUAUCAGGGACGGCCCGUUUCUGGGGAUCACUGCUUCUGAUUGGUCGGUUAGUUCGGGCGUUUUCUCCCCAUUCUUGUGAGUGUCUGCUGGAUCACUAUGCAGAAACAGACUCUCUGGGAGCUACUCACACACACACACACCUCCAACACACACACACACACACACACACGCAGUCAUCCCUCACUCUCUCCAACACGCAGCCACACAGUGAUUUGCCAAACGUCUCUCCUCGCAGACGGACCGGUUCAGAGGCCAGAGGACCGGACCUCCCGAGGACCGGGCCCUGAGCGGGAAGUGUUGCAAGUCCAACAGAUUCUGUGAUCGAACUCUUCAUUCUCUAUAGCUUUUGUACAAUACCGAUUUAAAAAGAAAAAAACAACAAAUUGAAAAAUUGAAUUUUUAUUUUAUAAGUCAAUCAAGCCGCUGGGGUCAGCUCUAUAGGAGUUAUAGAGUCAACAUGGCUUUAAGGCAUCUGAUCGUUGGUUUGCCAAACUCAUUUUGUAAAUAAUGAUAACAACAACAACCAUUUUGUCCACUGGACUUCUGUGCCAUAAAAUAGGAAGGCUUCAGUUAUGCAAACUCUUCACAUUAACCCAAGCAAUACCAACAUAUGUUUUUCUUUCUUCCUCUUCUCCCACUCCGUUUGGUUUCCGUCUCUAAUCCUGUUUUUCUUCUUGUGCAUGGACGUCGUAGUCUCAGCCUCACGUACUAAUCCAGGCUCCAGCUCCUAACCUGCUCCAUGCCCCCGUUUGUCUCACCUCCACGCGUCGGUGUCGUCGGCCUCUACGGUUUAUGUUCCCCAGAAAACCUGCAAGCCUUUACUCCUGUCACAGGCAGCAGACGUGGUCUCACUCCCGUCCUCCGUCCCAUUCUGUCCGACUCUGUCUUUACGCCGCCGUGACGCUCCGCCCGUCUGUCUGUCCGUUGGUCAGGUGCCACAACCGCAGCAUCCUCUGCUUCAACUACAUCAACUGUGACGCCAGUGACUCCCUAUUUUAUGGCCAGAGUCCCUAUCUCGCUCUUUUUGGACUAUGAUGUUGAUUAACUUAAAAAUCUGACAACUAGAAGACAAGCAAAGAUGUUGAAUAAAAAGGGAAACAUUGCUGUUUGAGUACAUAACAUUUCUAGACCUAUUUUAACUUUACCUCAGCUAACAGUUUCUUAAUGUAAAUUGACGCAUUAUUUUUAUCUUGAUGAAUAUGACAUUCUACAGUGGGUUUUUAGAUGAUUUUUUGGUUCUCUCUUGAUUUACGUAUUCCACCAUGUAUUACUGUUACAAAUAAACACAUCCCAAAUGACUAAA